UCCCAGGAGGCAUUGCUUCCCUCCGACAGAGCUCCCCUGGCAUCAGUUCCCCCCUCUCCCAAAGAGCCAGCUGGUUCAGUCCGGUCCCUAAAGUGCGGAAACCGCUGCGGCGUUUGGGACUUACUUGGCGGUAAGGGCCCUCCUCGUGGAAGAUGGAAGCGGAGCUACCUGUCCUUGGAGAACAAGGAAGCUGGCAGGAGAUAAGCAAGUUUACUUGAGGGGAUGCACGGAGAUCCUGCCAGAGGGGAGAGUGCCCAGACCGGGAGAAAGCAGAAAGAAGUGUAAUUUGUCAUUUUAGGACUGUCUGUGGAAAAAAGAAUGAUGUGGAAGACAUUGCUGAUGCUUGAAGUGGGUGGAGUAGGAGGGCGGUCUCCUUGCGUGUUCCCGUUCUUUGUCCCUGCUUUCCGAUACCGGUCCUCUUCGGCCAUCGAUCAGCAGCAUGAGCUGGCCCGUGAGCGAUCCAAGACGGUUACCUCUUUCUAUAACCAGUCGGCCAUUGACGUAGCAGCCGAAAAGCCUUCUGUGAGGUUGACGCCCACCACCAUGCUGUAUUCUGGACGUUCUCAGGAUGGAAGCCACUUACUGAAAAGUGCCCGUUAUCUGCAUCAUGAACUUCCGGUCCGCAUUGCUCAUCGCAUCAAAGGCUUCCGGAGCCUCCCCUUUAUUAUUGGUUGCAAUCCCACCAUCCUCCAUGUGCAUGAGCUUUACAUCCGAGCGUUCCAGAAGCUGAGUGAGUUCCCCCCAAUUAAGGACCAAGAAGCUGAGGCCCAGUACUGCAAACUGGUUCGCCAACUCCUAGAUGACCACAAGGAUGUUGUGACGCUACUAGCUGAGGGCUUACGGGAGUGUCGUAAGCAUAUACAGGAUGAGAAAGUGAUCCGUUCCUUUCUGGACAAGACUCUCACCUCCCGCUUGGGUAUCCGGAUGUUGGCCAUACACCACCUUGCUUUACAUGAGGAUAAGCCAGACUUUGUUGGGAUCAUCUGUACUCGCUUGUCUCCAAAGAAAAUCAUUGAGAAAUGGGUGGAUUUUGCCAGGCGUCUCUGUGAGCACAAGUAUGGCAACGCUCCCCGAGUGAGAAUCAAUGGGCAUGUGGCCGCCCGCUUUCCUUUCAUCCCCAUGCCUCUUGAUUACAUCCUUCCAGAAUUGCUCAAGAAUGCAAUGCGAGCCACGAUGGAAUCUCACCUGGAUACACCCUACAAUGUGCCAGACAUAGUAAUCACCAUUGCCAACAAUGACAUUGACCUGAUCAUACGGAUUUCAGAUCGAGGGGGUGGAAUUCCUCAUGAUCAUGUUGAGAAGGUAACCGAUUACCACUUCACUACAGCUGAAGCAAGUACCCAGGAUCCCCGAUUGAACACCCUCUUCGGAAACAUGGUGGAAAUGGGGAACAGCGCCCAGUCGGGGCCCAUGCAUGGGUUUGGGUUUGGGCUUCCUACGUCCCGUGCUUAUGCUGAGUACCUGGGAGGCUCCCUCACGCUCCAGUCCAUGCAGGGGAUUGGCACAGAUGUGUACCUCCGCCUUAAACACAUUGAUGGCAAAGAGGAGAGUUUCCGCAUCUAGGAAGACCUUUCUUUGUGGGUGGAAUUCCCCUUGGCUGCUGGAGAAAGCUUUUGAUCACCUACACCCAGGCCCAGUUCUGCAAGAAUUAUGGAUUCCUACCAAUGCUCCAUGAUGGCCUGGUGAAGCUCUCCUUUCCUCUUGGAAUCCUGGGUGCUGUGACAAAGGAUUUGUGGGGUUCGUGUUCCUGUGCAAUUGCUGGUAGAUACAGCAUCGUCCUGGUUAUUCCAGUCCUUCCUACGGGCAUGCUUUAUGCUUUAAUGACUUGUUUCAUGAAGCCAGAUUCCUGUGAGAGCCUAUGGACAACUUUUCAACUCUGUGCUUGGAGAAGCGUGAAGUCACAAAAUGGCACCAGGGCAGAACAGAGUCGCUUUUCCGCUGCCCUCCUCCUGUUCACUGCCAUCUGCAUCUUCAUUCUCCUUCUGCUGAGGUUGUGAUUGUUUCUCAAAGACAUGGGGUGAAGGGAAACCUUUUAGUCUCGCAUGUGCGCAUCCUGUUUGGAUCUCUCAGGCUGUUCUUGAUCUGAAAGUCAAACAUUGACAUAGUAGCAUGUGGCACCAAAAACCCUUCCUUUUAUCUUACUCCCUAAGUCUCAGCCAAGGACUUCUUUUAUUGCUACAUCUACAUGUUGGGCCUUCAACAAAUCAAGACUUCUCAUAUUUCAGGCAGCAGCCAGAUGUCCUCAUCUUGAGAGGAAAAGACUAUAUGACAACCUCGAGUGUUUGUAUUUCAUUGCUCUGGGGUGGGUUCCAGAACAUUCUCCUCCUUUCCUGCACAAUGAUGUGUUUUAUUUCCACCCUCAAUCUGUUCUUUCUGUUGCCAUUCAUUAUUUUUUUAAACAAAUGUUACUUUGGGGAGUGGGGUGAUGGGUUCCGCUCUUCCCUUUCCCCUCCCUAUUCAGCAUUAGAGGGAAAGGGACACAGAAAUAAUUCUCUUUUUUGCUGUGAUACUCCAAUAAAAACGUGCAGAUUCCAAAAUCUA